GUUGGCUUUUAGAGCAGUUGGGGCUGCAGAGAGGUGCGUGUGGUGCAUCUCAGGUUUCCACCAAGGAGCGCGUUUCUCCGCGGAGCACGUUUAUAAAGUUGAGCUGUGAUGGGGUCUCUGACUCACCACCUGCAAGACAGCCCGCUGGAGGAGCCUGACCUGCAGGACGCUUACCUCUGCCCCAGGAGCAUCAUGGCCGAGCCCGACUACAUAGACGAUGACAAUCCCGAGCUCAUCAGGCCCCAGAAACUGGUCAAUCCCGUCAAAACCUCCCGGAACCACCAAGAUCUGCACAGAGAACUUCUUAUGAAUCAAAAAAGGGGUCUUGCCCCUCAGAAUAAGCCUGAACUGCAGAAAGUGAUGGAAAAGAGAAAACGAGAUCAAGUCAUAAAGCAGAAGGAAGAGGAAGCACAAAAGAAGAAAUCUGACCUGGAAAUAGAACUAUUAAAGCGGCAGCAGAAGUUGGAGCAGCUUGAACUUGAGAAGCAGAAAUUGCAAGAAGAGCAAGAAAACGCCCCCGAGUUUGUGAAGGUUAAAGGCAACCUCAGAAGAACAGGCCAAGAAGUGGCCCAAGCCCAGGAGUCGUAGGCCAGGCUGCAGAGACCGCGCCCCUGGCCCAGCGCACACAGAAAUUGUGUGCAUGGGGGUGGGGGGGCUCCCCAGCGCUUCCCCCCCGGGGCCAGAUCCCCUGAGAGAAUCCCAGCCAGCAGAGAACUGUUCCUUUAAAAAGGAUUUGGUUUUGGUUUUCCUACCACCUGGGUGGAUAAAGAACCUGUGACAGUUGCAGUUCCUAUGCGCCAAACGAAGGACGUCCACCAGCACUUAAGUUGGGAUAAUGGACCCGUGUUCAAAGACUUAAAAAAAACGACGCCAACAAGAAGGAGAAGCAGAACAGGAAGAGGAUACUGGGAGAAAUCCUGGAGCGUUGCACUGCUUGGUUUUCCUCUCAGUCCAAGUGUAGUGGGGCACAGAGCCUUUUCUCUUUGAAAACCUAAAGAAAAUGUAUUUCGUCCUUCCUUUAGUUGUCUGUCCAGUAGUUUAGAUUGCAUAGACAGGCCUUAGAUCUGUUACAUUCACCGUUUGUAAAGUGUCUUCUUCCUUUACGCUUUCACCCAAGUGUUAGACAACAUCAGAAAAGGUUAAUACUUAUGGUAAACACAGCUCUUACUUUGUUAGCCAUUGAGAUUCAGAAAUAGGGUGAGACGGUUUCAAAAUAUGGAAACAAAUAUGUAAACAUCUGUCUCGAUCUUACUUUCAUUCCUGCUGGUCCUCUGAUGCUUCCUGGUGACCUUCUGCUGAGAAGGUACAUCAUGUAAAUCCAUUUAUUGCUUUGACAACGGUUAGACGUUUUCUUCUGUUUUAUUUUCUUUUUAAAUUUCUUGCUCAGCCAGUCCUUUUAUAUGACAUAAUCUCCUAGUCCUUGGAGGCAUAAAACCUAGUCCCCACAUAACCCAACUUCAGUGUCAAAAGUAGAGGGUUCAGGAGUUCCUGUUGUAGCUCAGUGGAUUAAGAACCCGACACAGUGUCUGUGAGGAUGUGAGUUCGAUCCCUGGCCUCACUCAGUGGAUCAAGGAUCCAACGUUGCCGGGAGCUGCCGUGUAGGUCGCAGAUGCAGCUCGGCUCUGGCAUUGCUGUGGCUGUGGCAUAAUCCGGCAGCUGCAGCUCCAGUUCGACCCCUAGCCUGGGAACUUCAUAUGCCGCAGGUGCAGCCCUAAAAAGACAAAAAAAGAAAAAAAAAAUUAGAGGGUCCAACUCUUUUGGUUUCUUCUGAGAGCACUGUGGGGAAAGCUCCCACCGGGACCUGGGAAGGCAGAGUCCUUUGGGCAUUUUAAUGUGAAACAAAUGUAGAUGGGUCUCAAGGAGGCCCAGCUGGAAGAUUUCUAGCAUUUUAGAAUAGAAUAUUAUUUGAAUCCAAGCUUUGAAAUUUUCUGAUGAAUGAUCACCUAUUGCUUUGCCCUUUUUUCUUGUGAAGAAGGACUGUUUUGCCACUACCUUAGUGAUGGGGAUGCUGUUGAUAAGGAUGCUGUCGUGACUACUGUUCUCAUCUCUCAGGAAUCGCGGAGGGGAGGGGAGGCUGCUCGGUGUGUGCGCUCCGGCUGGCAUGCUACUCCAGUUAACAGCCAGAUGCUUAGGCAAAAUGCAUUUUAUAUUGCCAGUGUGGGCAGGGGAACAUUCUGCUUGGGGUGGUCUGGACGAGUUCGUGUGGAUUCAGUACGUGCUUCGUAUAAACAAGUCAGCUAGUAACUUCUCCAUCAAAGGCUCUUCUUGGAGUUCAAGAGUCCUAGAAAGCUGGAUCCCAAGUUUCUGAAUCCUGAAUAAGCAUAGUAGAAAUUAGUUUUCUGUGGGAAGGCUAUAGCUUUCACGGUUGACGAUUAGGCUCCUGUUCAGCCCUGAUGGGAACAAGACAAAAGAGAAGACAGAGAUGAUAUAUACCUCUAGUUAGAGAAUGUGUGGAUUACACCUGCAGUGGAUUGUUCCUCUCAGCAGCAAGUAUUAUUUGAAUAAAAAUAGGGGGUGCCGAAGAUACAAUGUUGCUUUUGAAGGGUGGAUGUAACUGUUUUUCCCCAUCCUUCUUGUGAGAGAGGACAGUGCACCAUGGAAGCAUGUUUCUGAUUGUCCACUGACUAGAGUUCUUUCUUGGUGUGUGCAGACUAAUGCAGUUUGUAAAAAUAAAGGUUCAGGACUAACCCACAGCCUUUAAUCCACCCAGAGGUAAGGUCUUCAGAUCCUGUAUCCUUGAAGCAGUGCUGCCAUUUGGGCAACUUCUCCAGGGCCCUAACAGCCUCCCUUGGAAGGACUCGUUCUCGUUCCCAGAACCCGAACCCGCUCCCCUUCACUGGGAAGAAACACGUUAACAAAAGCACAUCCCUCCCAAUGUCACUUGUACAUCUGCAGAGUUAACAGUGGUUAGGAGUCCAAGGUCUGGCCCAAAGAAGACUUGCGACUAGUGUGAAGGGAAGGUUCCUUCCUAAACAGUGAAACACACAGGUAGAGGCGUUCUUGGAAGUUGCCACGUCAGCUCGGCUCUCAAGUCUGAGCCUAAGAAGGCUUCACUCCCCCUCCCCCAGUUUAAUACUGUACAGUCCAGACCCCUAGGGCUCAUAAACACCAGAGCAAUUUUGUGCUUUGAGCCACUUUUUGACAAAAACGGCUCCAUUUUUCCACUCUGUGGUUUUCUUAAAAUAGUUGAGUGUUUUCUAGUCUCCGAGUGGUAAAGUAGUGUUGCUUUCUAAGCUAUCACAGUUGACUUUAUUCUUCUACUCUGAAAAAAUCUUGACUUGUUUGAGUGUAUAUAAUAUAUAUAAAGGGAGCCUUAAUGGAUUUGUUUUCAUAAUUUAAUAUUUUUUGUAUUUGCUCUUGUAUAAUUGUUUUUAACGGAAAGUAUUACAGAAUUGAGGGUGGAAUUCUUAGAACCAAAGUUAUUCUUAAUAAAAAUCACCACAUGCUUGGACCAUG